AUGGGGAGGCAAUCCUAUGAGACCAAGACUCUCCUCGCUAUUACGAAUCUCACUCGGUUGGCCGACGAGCUCCGUGUCCAGCAGCUUGUCGACGAGGUCGAGAGGAUCACGGACGCACUUGGAGAGAAACGUGGACCCUAUAUCCUUCACGUAGUCCCCAGGGUUCUUGCUCAGCUGAGCAGGCGCCGGCUCAUAACGGUCAAACGUCCCCACCAGUCGGUAGUGUUGGACCAUCGAAUUCAGCUGACUGCAUCGGGAAUCAAGAGAUUCCGAAUGGUCGAAAACCUUACUCGUGGGGAGGACAUCUCAAAACACGUCAAGACCGUCAAAGCGAUGCUUCAACCCGCAGACCAAUCCACCAAAAGGGUGCUGCAGGAGACCAACCAAACUUUGGCGGAGACGAUUGAAGAUCAACAGAACACUAUCAUGAGUUACAAGCAGAAAGACAAAGAGCGACUCCUCCGAGGCGAUUUCUAUGCUUCUCCGACACGUACAACAAUCUCUCCGCUACGCAAAGCAGUCUCAAUGCCCGCGGCGGCGUAUGAUUCUCCAAGACGAUCUCCAGCACUUCUCUUCGGUGGUUUGGGUCACGGAGGGUCUUGGCCCACACCUCCUCAGUCACCAACACGCAAUCCUGUUGACUUCAUGCCUAUUGAUGAGGUGGAAGAAGAAGACGAUGGUGACGUUCCAAUGGAUGACAUUAUUCAACCCGAUUUUUCGGUUGCGGCUCAGAAUGACAAGGUGGAAAUGAGCUAUAUGGAGACUUGUCGCGAGCUUGAGCAUUACAAGCGAGAAUGGCAGGCAGCCAUGGAAAAAAUAGCUCAACAGGACAUCCGACUCGAUGAAGCGAAAGAUAAUAUCGACACUCUUGGCGGCCUACUGACGCAGCGCAGUGACAACCUUCGCGUCACUAACGAGAUUCUCGCUGCUCGGGAGGAUGAUGUUGAUCGUCUGAGUGCCGAGAAUGAAGAAUUGCAACAAGACAUUGAGGAUGCAGAGCGUGUCAAUCAAAUGCUGAGUCUCGACUGGGCCGACGCGACAAUCCAAGUCAAGGAAUCACAGGACAAGAUUGCGGAGUUGGAGCGUAAAAUCAUCCAGCUGGAAGAGGACAAGAAGAACAAGAUUCGUCUACUUAGUGCGAAUUUCGAUGAGAUCCUCAGGGCUCAAAUGGCGUAA